AUGGAGGGGAAGAAGAGGAAGUCGGAGGUGAAAGGCACCGUCCCUGGAGGAUCUCUGAAGAGGGGGAGAGGGGAGGAGACGACCGUGACGGAGGAGGAGGUGGAGGAAUUCUUCACUAUCCUUGGCCGGAUACACGUGGCGGUAGAUUAUUUCAAGAAACGUGACGGUGACCUACGAGACUUGACGGAUUUGAGGAAGGUAGGGUCGUUCAGUUUGGGAGGGAACGUCCAAGGAAACGGCGGCCAGGAGAAGGCAGCAAACACGGAGGAGAAUGUGGGUUUGGAUUUGAAUGCUGAUCCGGAUACGAUUUCAGACCCGGUUUAACGUUAAUCACAGGUUCAUAAGCUACAUUAUUAUUGUUACUAUUAUGUUUACA